CUUGGAGCAGAGACAGAGUUUGGAGCGGCUCGUGUGAAAUGUGUCAGCGGCAGCAGCGUGAUGUCGCGUGGACGAUGAGCGCAGGACGAGCUGAAGGAGACUGAGCACAGACCUACAACCAGCUGGAGGAAGUGACACGAGCGGGACGGGCACACCUCAUGCGUGGCCUCAGCAAAGCUUCGAGUGGAAACGUCUCCGACAAACAUGGGUGUCCUCCAGCUCCACAACCCCACUCACCCCGGCUCACUGCUGCAGCGGGCCAACCAGAUGCGUCUGACUGGCACCUUGUGUGACGUCAUCAUCACUGUGGACGGUCAGGAGUUCCCGGCGCACCGCACCGUUCUGGCCUGCACCAGCAAGAUGUUCGAGAUCCUGUUCCACCGCAGCAGCCUGCGCUACGCCCUGGACUUCCUGUCCCCUAAGACUUUCCAGCAGAUCCUGGAGUACGCCUACACGGCGUCGCUGCAGGCGACAGCCGAGGACCUGGAUGACCUGUUGUACGCAGCUGAGAUCCUGGAGAUCGAGUACCUGGAGGAGCAAUGUCUGAAAGUUCUGGAGACCAUCCAGGCCGAGGAGAAUGAGGAGGUCGUGGUGAGGAACCACGGCUCUGGAGACCACGGCGACCAUGGCCGCACCAGGCACUGGAGACACAUGCUGAUGUCCAAGAAGCAUUCCAUACAGGACGGACCCAACCGCGCCACUGCUCUGCACCACCUGGCUCUGUAUCACAUGACAGAGAGGAGUUCUCCAGGUCCAGAGCCCGAGGUGGUUCCUGAAUCCAGCCCCAAGCUGCACACGGAGGUGGAAAGUUCCCAGCAGCAGAUGAGGACAGAUUUGUCGCAGUCCUCGGCCCUGCUGGAUCCCGCCGCGAGUAUAAAGUCAGAGAGCAUGCAGGUGGAUGAAGUGGACAGCUGCGAGGGCAGGUCGUCCAGCACCGGCGAGGGAAGCUGCGUGUCCGAUCAGCACAGAGACGAGACGCCAGGGACACCGCGCAGAGGCAGCGUCAUCACCAGUGCCCGAGAGCUUCACACGAGUCCCGAAGACGUUGGACAGGUGGUGGGGAACUCGCCAGACUGUUUCCCCGGGAUCACAGAAAAACACCUGCCAUCCCUGUACUCCACUGCAGUGCCCUCCCACCACACUGCCGAGGGGCUGGUGUCGGUUCCGGUGACAUCAUCGCUGGGUGUGCAGCUGGACCCGAGGGCGUACGGCGGCCUCCUGCACCAGGGUCUACUGCACAGGGAGCUCCUCAGCCGGCUGGGCCAGUUCGCGGCAGGGAUGAGGCUCGAGAACCAGACUCAGGUCCAGCAGUGUUGUGGCGAGUGUGGACUUCAGCUGCACAGCAGACAGGCCAUGGAGCAGCACAGGAGGCUGCACAUGGAGGAGAAAGGCCACGGCUGUGAUUACUGUGGCAAACAUUUCCAGGACAGCAUGAGGCUACGAAUGCACAUGUUGUCUCACACAGCUCCUGCGGAGGCGCUGGUGUGCGAUCAGUGUGGAGCAACGUUCUCCUCAGAAGAUGCUCUGGAAGCCCACAGGCAAACACACACAGGGACUGACAUGGCAGUGUUCUGUCUGCUGUGUGCAAAGCGCUUCCAGACCCAGAAGGCCCUGCAGCAGCACAUGGAGGUCCACGCGGGCAUGCACAGCUACAUCUGUAGCCACUGCGAGCGGCCCUUCCCCAGCCACACCACCCUCAAACGGCACCUGCGCUCGCACACGGGCGAUCACCCGUUUGAGUGUGAAUUCUGCGGGAGCUGCUUCAGAGACGACGGCACGCUGCGAGGACACAAACGCAUCCACACGGGAGAGAAGCCUUACGAGUGCAACGGCUGCGGCAAGAGGUUCAGCCUCAAACACCAGCUGGAGACGCACUACCGCGUACACACAGGUGAGAAGCCAUUUGAGUGUAAGCUGUGUCACCAGCGGUCCAGAGAUUACUCGGCCAUGAUCAAACACCUGCGCACGCACAACGGAGCGUCUCCAUACCAGUGCACCAUCUGCCAGGACUUCUGCCCGAGCCUUGCCGCCAUGCAGAAGCACAUGAAGGGCCACAAGCCCGAGGACGUCCCGGCUGACUGGAGGAUAGAAAAGACUUACCUGUACGUCUGCUACGUCUAAGCAGGACUUGGACCUCACGCACGCACACGCACACACACACACACACACACACAUAGACACAGAGAGAGAGUUGGGUAAAAAAGCUAAUGUUUCUUUAAAAAGGUCCAGUGUGUAAGAAUUAGUGACGUCUAAUGGUGAGAAACAAGUAGACGACGAGUCCUCUCACUCCUACUGUUCCCCAAGAUUGUCGGGGAAUUAUGGUGGCCUCCACAUACCAGAGAGGACGCCGUCUUCUUUAUUUGCCAGGUAAAAAUUCUGGUUCAAAAUAAGUCACACUCUGACCAGAGAAAAUGUAAA